CUCCUCCACAAACAACCCAAACUCCACCAAGGUUCAGUGUGAAGAUCUAGUCUGUCUCUUUCCAGCUGAUGGUCAUCAUGUUGCACCUGAACCAAGCCCUGCUCUCUAUUCAACUCGUAGUUAUGUGUCAUGGCUUAGAAGUAGCUAACCACUGGAGUGAACUGGUGUUCAGGGGAAAGUCUGUCACGUUAACCUGCAACAGAUCCAUGAUAAACGCAACACAAGUCAACUGGACCAAAGGCAGAUUUCUUUUCGCUUAUAAAACUGCAAACAAUGGCACGGUUUCAAAUUUUACCUCCAACAGACAGAGAAUAGACGUUGACUUUCAUUCAAAGCUGAAUAUUUUUAAUGCUCAGCAUGAGGACGCAGGACUCUAUAGAUGUGACGUAUCUGAGAGAAGAGGGACCUGGGUGGAUGUGUGGAAUUUAACUGUGUCUGAGGAACGGGAAGAAAUCAACCAACCUUUCCGGUCGUUGUAUUUUCUAUACAUAACCGCAGCUGUCAUUGGGUUGCUUGUGUUUGCCAUCACUUCAGCUGUUUGCCUCUACAGAAGACUGGGGACCAGGACACCAAAUGGGGAGCCAAUCCAGGACCAGUUUUCUCUUCCAUUAGAUGGAAAGGUGGACAUCCCUCAUCCGCAGGCUGACAGAGACAAUAGGACAAAUAAGAAGCGGAGGAGUCAGUACACGGAGAGGCUCAAUUCAAUAUAUGGUCUCUGAUGAGUUGAAAGGACAUAAAAAAAAAAACCUGAGUCAAUCAGAGACAUGACCUUUUAAUAUAAUUUCAAAUCAGGUGCUUCGAGUGAGGACAACUGGUCCACAGAUGCCUUUGACCUUAAAGAAAUAUACAUAUAUAUAUAUAUUUUUUUUAAAUGUAUCUUAAACAUUGUAUGUACUUUGUAUUUUUUAUGUAUGAUGGUUUUGUGCUGUGUUGAAUGCCGUACUGUCCGUCCUGCGCUGUUGUAUCACCAAGGCAACAGUGUUUGUUGUAAUGGCAAUAAAGUCAACUCAACUAUA